CUCCCCGCCCGCCGUUCGGCAACCUUCUUUGCGUUGCUAUUCUGUGCAUUUUAUCAUUGAUUACGGCGUUUUGGGGGUGCAAAAUGGGUGUGACGAAAGCCGCUUGUCAAGCCCAGUUCGCUGGCCAUAAUAAAAGAGAGACCUCCUCGCUUAGCCCGCCAUCUUCAAUUCCAAAACCGCCAAUUUGUUUACCCUCGCCCCUUCUCACAACCCUCGAAACCAACCAUGGCCGUCCAAGCAAAACUCCAGCAGAGCAGCCUUGUGCAGUCCGUCGCCGGGCAAGUCAUGCCACUCAUCAGCACGGCCCAGUCUUAUGCUGUUACCGCUAUCUCCACGUCUAAGGCGAUCCUUGACCGGUACCCGCCUAUUAAGGCUUUCGUCUACACUCUCGGAGGAGCUGCCGCUGUUCCCCUCGCCGUUUUCACGGGAUACGGAGCAGCGACCGGCGCUGUGGUGCUGGGUGUUGCCGGCACGGGAGUAGCCAUGGUCCAAGGGGGCUUCCUGGCCUUUGGAGGAUUCGUCCUCUUUUGGUUUCUGGCUGGCGCCUUGAUUUUCAGUGCCAUAGCGACCUUUUGGUUCACCCUCGCGUACUUUGCAUUCCAAAUCGCCAAGCGGUUGGAGGGAUCGGCAUAAGAAUUAGGGAAAGUAACUGCAUCAGCAGCGGAACGCCGCUCAAUAUCCUGGGCGAGUUCCCUAGGGCCUCCACAGCGCCGGGACCCUCUACUACUAUAGUUUUUCAAUCAUUCCUCACGCAGUAC